GCAGCAGCAGCAGCUCAACUCGGUUCUCCGUCAGAACAACAGCACAAAGGCGGCGACACGCAGAAUGAAAUAGACGCAGAGCGUGGGAGCUCCAGCACACGGACGACGUUAUCCGGCCUCGGAUUUUACACUCCAGACACAGAUAUUUCAGCGCAUUUGGACGCGGAGCUCCACCGAUGUUCUCGCUGGAUUUUACCCUCCGAAGAGUGUCGAGCGCGGCGGCGGACAGGCGGACUUCGUGGCGCAGGAUUGUUGGGAUUUAGGAGGCGAACAUGGAUAAAACUUUUGACAUUCCUGCUGACGGCGUACCCGCUGAGAUCUCCCUGGAUAUGAGUUUAAAUAUGGAUGAAGGGGAAGAUUUCACAGCGCAACAGAUUGUGGGACUUUCAGGAAAAAUACCUCUGGUGAAGCCUUAUUUCAAGAAGAAACAGAGGAAAUUAGAUGCCAAGUGCCUCCAUCGUGCCCUGGAGGAACCGAUACUGACCACUCUGCUGAGUACAGAUGCGCUCGUCUCAGGGGAUGGGGUAUUCGUUCCCAGAAGCCAGCCAGGCCCGACUCCUGGUAACCUGUGUGCAGCAGCUGUGGUGAAACAGAACUGCAUGAACCAGGUUUGUCUGAAAGACCCGGGAGCAGGAGACAAUAGCACAGGUGGGACUGGUCUACCGGGGUUGAUAACCCGAGAGGGAGAUGUGGAAAUAGCUGAUACUACUGCGGAACUGGAGGAGACAGAGUGUCAUGGUGAGAGACCUAAGAUCACUAAUCCUACUCCUGACAGCCACUGCUUUCAGCUGAAACCAGGCCUCAUACCAGCUGGAAACACAAUGACAGUGACUCCUGCUGACAGUGAUAUACCUCCAUUAGUUGCACCCCAGCCAUCUCACCAGGAGGGAGGCACCAAAAGUGAUGUCCUCUUAACCUCUGAGGCUAAAAGCAUUACAGUGAAAGACUGCACUGGCGUCCUGGACCCCCUUCCCUUCCUGCUCCAGACCUCCCAGUCUGACAAAGCAGAGUUGUUUCAGGAUAAAAGUGAAGAGGCCUCUCUGGACAUGGUUUUUGAGCUUCUGACCCAGCUUCAGUAUCAUACUCACCAGUCAGAUUCUGUGAACAUUUGUGUGGAUUUUCUCCAAGGUCAGUGUGUUUAUGGCAACGACUGUGCCCACCACCACACCAUACUGCCCUACCACUGGCAGAUUCACAAAAGCAGCAGUCAGACGUGGCAGAGCAUAGCAGAUGAAUCCCAGGAACAUCUGGAGAGACUGUACUGCAACCCGGACAACGAACAUGUCACACUUAAAUUUCAAGGUCGAGUUUUUUCGCUAGACUUUGGGUCGAUGCGAGUGUGUGACCUGGAGUUUGAUCGUGUCAGACGACUGACGACUCCAGCCAGGUCUCUCAGCUCAUCCACAGCAAACCCAAAUCCCACCCCCAGCUGUCAAACUGUGUGGAAGUACUACUGCAGAGACAACUUUGGCUGGAGGGAGUACUCUGAGCCAGUGGUGAAGCUCAUAGAGGAAGCGAGCAAACGCGGCCUGAAGGAGGUGCGAUUCAUUACACUCCAGAACCAGUACAUCCUCAACAUCAGGGAGGGCUUCCAGCAGAAUGCCCUGUUUGGCUUCAGGCGUCAGAUCAAGAAGCGACCCAUGUUCAUGUCCUCUGUGAUGUUAACGCCUCUCCUACAGACUUUGGGCGGCCUGUCUUCAUCCUCUCUUCCUUCUUCCUCUUUGUCUUUCUCCUUAGCUUCGUCAUCACUCGAUCUCUCUCUGUCACGUUCUCUCUCACUGCUGUCCUCUAACCCACCCAGUCUUUUCCCGGAGACGUGGUUGCCCAUGACCGCGAACCAGGACUUCCUGCAGGUGCCGGUCUCCUGUGAAGACCGCAGCUACCGGACGGUGUACAGCCUGUUCCACAAAACAGUGACCGAGACGAAGUUCAGGAUCCUCAAAAUCCUGCGGGUGCAGAACCCCUUCCUCUGGGAGAAGUACAAGAGGAAGAAGGAAUACAUGGCACGGCGAAUGUCAGAGAUGGACAAGCUGCUGAGUGAGCGCCACCUCUUCCACGGCACCUCAGCUGAUGUUGUAGAGGGCAUCUGCAAGCACAAUUUUGACCCGCGGGUGUGCGGCAAGCAUGCCAUCAUGUUUGGCCAAGGCUCCUACUUUGCCCGCAAGGCUGUCUACUCCCACAAUUUCUCCAAGCGCUCACCCAAAGGAGUCCACUGCAUGUUCCUGGCCAAAGUUCUCACUGGCAGGUUCACCGUAGGAAAUCCGUCCAUGAGGCGACCGCCACCCAUCAACCCUCGUAACCCCUCCAGUGACCUAUAUGACUCCUGUGUGGACAACUGGGUGGAUCCGCAGAUCUACGUCAUCUUCAACGACGAUCAGAGCUACCCCUACUUUAUCAUUCAGUACGAGGAAGUACCCAGCACGGUCACAAUCUAAGCACUGGAUCCCAUCUGUGAAUAUCGGAGUUUGCAGAUGCUCACUGGCUUGUUGUUUUAGUCUGUGUAGGUGCCGCGUGGGUUGUGACUGCACAUACAAUAAAAACAAUAAAGUUCAGGUUAUCAAGUAUUUAAAUUGAGCAUACUGUUCCAUAAACAGCAAACAUUACCCAUCUGGUGCUCGACACAGGUUAAAACAACCAGAGUUUUUGCAAAUACUGCAUUCAACUGGAACAGACCACAACAGACUGCAAUAAGAAACAACAGACCGGAUCAACUUGGUCUAAAGUGGACCAAAUGAAUGCUCAGACCAGUCCAGACUGGAUGAAUCUGGUCAAAAUUCGACGAGAAAAAGAACUCUAUUUUGACUUUGUUGCUGACACUGAUGCCGUCUGAGACCGCAACAGACUUGAAUGGACUCAAACUAAUCUUGCUACCUAGUGUGAUCCUAAUGAUGGUAAUUGGACGUGUGAAUUUUAUUUACCAUAUUGAUCUGAAGAAGAUCCACCAAUCCUAGCCCCUCAUUGUUUAGACCUGGUACCUAAUCACAUGGCUGUAAAUGAACCAGAUUGGCAUGGGACAACAGGUUUCCCCUGCUGUAGUAAACAGUAGCCUCCUGCUCGUACUGUGAAUAACCAUGUUGUUCUGGG